AUGCUUCAAGAGUACUUGAGAAAUCAAGAUGAGAGUACAAAGAAGAUGGAGAGAAGAAUCGAUUUCAUCCAUGAGAGCCUUGGAAACAAAUCUGAAGUCCUAUUCAAGCAAGUGAUCAAGCUUGAUGAAGACAUUAAGAAGUUAAGAGAGGAUCAUGAUCGAUCUUUGACCCUAGUUAAGCUUGAUGUUGCUUCCAAAUAUCAAGAGUUGCUGAACAAGAGCAUGAGAAUUGAAGAUACUAGCUAUGGCAAUAGCAAACAUCUUGGUUCGAUCUACAACCGCCUACAAGCCCUUGAAGGAUCAUCUCAUGCCAAUUACAAGAGAGAGAGGAGUCCAACACCCAACCACCCUCCCUUUUAUUGCAAUGCCAUCACAAGAAGAAGCACUACUCAAGUCCAUGAGGACAAUGAAGAAGAAGAAAGAGAGUAUGAGGAACAAUUGAAUGAUGAAGAUGAAGAGCAGAGCAUCGACAUCAAUGCUUCCCCAAAACAGAGCAUGGAUACACCAAGCCCUAGAGACCCUCGUUUCUCACCAAGAAGUCAAGCUUCUACACUUCCAAGACUGGAAGCAAUGCAAAGACCAUCACCACCUACUGAAGAAGAAGAUACUUGGCAAUAUGAUCCCAUUGAUCCCAACAAGAUAAGCCCCAUGAAGCUUAAAGAGUUCAAUGCUAAGGUGAAAUCACUUCCAUUCUAUGUCACUUUUGAAGAAGCUUGGGAUAAACAUGGUCUAGUGGAGUUCUUUUUCACAAACUAUGGAAACUGCCAAGAGGCAAAAAGCUGA